AUGUUUGCCCGCUUUCACAGACUCCAAGAGAUCCACUACGAGCCUUGGAGGGAAUGGUAUAAUGAUCAGCAGAAAGGGACGGACUCUCACAACCGAGGUCUCAUCGAGUCGUUUGCUUCCAAUCAGUUACGGAAGCUCGUCCUCUUUGAAAUAUCAAUCAGGUCGGCGGAUGCGGCCAUGAUGAUGCCGGAGCUUGAGACAAUGGAGAUAUGGAACGGACGGAAGGGAUUGGCUGCUCUUUUCAAGUACAAGUCAAUCAAGCGUGGGGAGCGUACCGCCGUCAUCACUUGGAGGGGCACGUGGGAACUCACCCUGCAGCCUGAUGUGAUCCAAGCCUGGGAGGCUGUUAUACGCAGGCAUUGUCGCGGGGAGUUCUAUGCCGUUACGGAGCUUCUGGACUCCAGGACUGUGAAGUCUGUUGGUGAUUCAAUUCAUGAUUUGAGGCUUUCAGCGCAAGUGAUUAGGCCUGUUUCGUUGAUACAGAUUCGGGUGGAGAACGAGAUCACGAGAUCAGGAAUGGAGAUUGUAUUGAGCAACUUGUAA